GGUAGGCGGAGUCACAACUGAGUGACAGCUGGAGCGGCUUUAACGUUUGUUUACUUUAUGUUUUCUCUUUUUUCCGUGUUGGACCGAGAAGCAGCGUCAUGGACUCGGCGCCAAAGUGAAGCUGUAAAGGCGACCAGCGGCCGAGCGGACGUAUAGUGCAGCCAUGAGUCCUCAGUGAGACCUCCAGUCCGGAUCCAGUCAGACCGCGCGUUCGUCAUCUCCGAGGCCGCCAUGCAGAGCCCGAACCCGGCCAGCGGCGUGCGGCGCGCCGCUCUCUGCUGCCUCCUGUUGGAAGUCCUGCUGCACGGCAGCCGAGGUCUCAACACAUGUCUGAGCGGCAGCACCACAUCCUGUGAAGAGUGUCUGCUCGUCCACCCCAGCUGUGCCUGGUGUGCUCAAGAGGAUUUUGGGAAGGGAUGGAUUUCACGGUGUGACUUUGUUCAAAACCUGCUGAAGAGGGGCUGUGAGACUCGGUUCAUUGAGUUUCCCAAAAGCACCGUCUCAGUCCUGCAGAAUCAGCCCCUGAGUUCUAAAGGGUCCAGCUUGGCCCAUUAUGAUGAUGUGAUCCAGAUUAUGCCUCAGAGGAUUUCUCUGAACCUGCGACCAGGAGACCACACCUGGUUCGACGUGCAGGUCCGGCAGGUGGAGGACUACCCAGUGGACCUGUACUACCUGAUGGACCUCUCCCUUUCCAUGAAGGACGAUCUGGACACAAUCCGUAACCUGGGCACCAAACUGGCUCAGGAGAUGGGAAAGCUGACCAGCAAUUUCAGGCUGGGCUUUGGUUCCUUUGUGGACAAAAACAUGUCCCCGUUCUCCUACACAGCACCCAAGUACCAGCAGAACCCCUGCAGUGGAUACAAACUGUUCCCCAACUGUGUCCCCACCUUUGGGUUCCGCCACAUCCUGUCACUCACGGACAAAGUGGACCGCUUUAACGAGGAGGUCCAGAAGCAGAUGGUGUCGCGUAACCGGGAUGCACCAGAGGGCGGGUUUGAUGCCAUCCUGCAGGCUGCUGUUUGUAAGGACCGGAUUGGUUGGAGAAAGGAGGCCUACCACCUGCUGGUGUUUGCCACUGAUGAUGUACCUCACUUGGCUCUGGAUGGAAGACUCGGGGGCAUUGUCCAGCCCCAUGACGGGCGGUGCCACCUGAAUGACAGGGACGAGUACAACGCCUCCACGAAGAUGGAUUAUCCGUCUCUGGCUCUUCUGGGUGAGAAACUGGCAGAAAACAACAUCUAUCUGAUCUUUGCUGUUACCAAGCGGCUCUACGUGAUCUAUGAGAAUUUUACUGCCCUCAUACCUGGAACAACAGUGGAGAUUCUAGACCAGGACUCAAAGAACGUCAUUCAGCUUAUCAUCACAGCGUACAAUAACAUCCGCUCCAAAGUGGAGCUGACGGUGUGGGAUCACCCAGAGGAACUGAGCCUGUCCUUCAGCGCCACCUGCCAGGACGGACAGCCACUGCCGGGCCUCAGGAAGUGUGCCGACUUAAUUAUUGGAGACACUGUAUCAUUUAAUGUGACUGUGGAGGCCAGGAGCUGCCCUCUCCGUGGCACCGACCAGAGUUUCACCAUCAAGCCGGUGGGCUUCAAAGAUCGUCUGGAGGUGGCUGUGGACUACCAGUGUGACUGUGGCUGCAGCCGCACCGCACAGACCAACAGCACCAUCUGUAGCUCCAUUGGUUCUUACAAGUGUGGGACAUGUCACUGCGAGCCGGGCUACCUGGGCGCCCGCUGUGAGUGCCAGGAGGGUGAGUCCAACAGCUUGUAUCUGAACGCUUGUCGAGAAGCUGACGGGAAGCAGGUGUGCAGCGGUCGAGGGGAUUGCAUCUGCAACCAGUGCCUGUGCUACCAGUCCGAGUUUGGCAAGAUCUAUGGCAGCUUCUGCGAGUGCGAUGACUUCUCCUGUGCUCGCCACAAAGGCCUGCUCUGCUCAGGCCGAGGAGAGUGUCACUGUGGGGAGUGUAAGUGCUACGCUGGUUACAUUGGUGACAACUGUAACUGCUCCACAGCCACAGCAUCCUGCAUUUCUGAUGACGGACAGAUGUGUAGUGGGCGGGGCAGCUGUGUCUGUGGCCGCUGCCAGUGCGCCGAGCCAGGAGCCUUUGGAGACACAUGUGAAAAAUGUCCCACCUGUCCCGAUGCAUGUGGCACUAAAAGGGAGUGCAUUGAGUGCCGGCUUUUCAGUUCUGGACGUUUGGCUGACAAUCAAACAUGCGAGCGUCUGUGUAAGGACGAAAUCAUCACUGUGGAAGCACUCAAACACGAGGGUCCUGGUGCUGUGCUCUGUUUGUAUAAGACCCACAGUGACUGUGUCAUGAAGUUCACGUAUUCUGAACACGCCAGUGGACAGUCCAUCCUGACAGCCCUGAAGGAACCAGAGUGUGCUGAAGGUCCAGAUGCUCUGAUGGUGCUGCUGGCUGUGGUCGGCAGCAUUCUUCUGGUGGGCGUGCUGCUGUUGGCUGCCUGGAAGCUCGUCAUCACCAUUCAUGACCGCCAAGAAUUUGCACGCUUCCAGAGCGCACGCUCACGUGCCCGAUAUGAGAUGGCGUCCAACCCUCUGUACAGGCAGCCCAUCUCCACACACGUGGUGGAGACUGACUUCAGCAUGUACGGCAAGUCCUGCAACGGCCGGACCCACUGAUGCCACUCCACAGGGCGCGGCGGGACCGGUCCAAAGUAUGCAGCAUGUGGUGAACCGGACUGUGGCCUUCUGAUAGUUUGUUUUGAGAGAGGAGAAAUGUGUCCACCUGAUUCUUUCCAAACCAGCUGCUGGUCCAACUCUGACCAGAAGAACCUCCAUGAAAGCACAUGAAAGCACUGCUCACAUGUCUGUUUCUAUCUUUUUAUGAAAUCAUUUCUUACUCCCAGCUAUGCAGGAGUCAAGCAGAAGGUUUUUCUACUCUGUAUCUAAAGAUUUGAAAUGUUUAAAAGCUCAUUUUUUCAAAAGUGUCUGUGAUUGCGGUGUGGUACUGGCAGAGGUCAUGAUUUUGCACAGUGGAUGUUAGAGUGGCGAUGUAUUGUUGUUGUUGUUGUGUUUGUUGGUCACUUCCAGCUAACCGCCUUACAACGUGCUCAUGUGUAUUUACUGACCUUGGACUCUGCCAUCUUUCAGCAUGAGGUAUUGGUCCAGUGUGUGUGCUCACAGUACCAUGCUGGGUACUGUGUCCGGGAGAUCAGAGUGCACAGUGAGAGGGGACGCCUUUGACAUGGCUGCCUGCUGUGGUUGUCAAAUCCUGAAAUUUCCACCAAGACUUUGCUAACAUGGAUCCACAUUAAGGAUAUGAGAUAAAUACUGUGUUUGAUAUCAAAGUGACGUCAAUAAAAUCAUC